AUGACCGAACCUGCUCUGGGUUCAAACGGCUCCACCUCCAGCAUAUCGCACAAGUGCAAGACUCAAUCGUCGCAAGGUCAAAGUCGACCCCUUCCCUGCGGCCUCCUAGUCCUCCACCCGCCAUUCCUAUUUCUGACCCAGAACCUCCCAUUACCUAUCGCAAAAGUGGGUUACCUGCCCGCCGCACCCGCGUUCCUGCGAAAUUCAAUGACGCCCGCUCCCCCUCUUGCCCCAAGGCUGCGGCGUUUGGCUGAACUGCCAACGAAUUCCAUUCCUACCCCCAUUCAAGUUCCUCAUCCACCAUCGCAACCAUCGCAACCAGAACCAUCACUGCCAUUGCCGCAGUGGGUACAAACCGAACCAAAUGAAUUCGGCAUAUACAAGGUGUAUCCUCGCAGACCCACCCAUGACCCCGACGCCAGUCUGACAGCUAACGACUUGUAUCGGGCCGAAGUCGGCAAGGUCGAUAGCGCGAUACCACUCCCGACAGAGCCCUGGUAUUAUCCCUUCCCCAAUCCCUCCGUUGCCCACCUAAUCAAAUACCACGUGGAAGAGGAGAAUCCUCAAUCCAUUGCUGGUUUUGAUCGCUUCAUUGGGAAUAUUCUUCUCCCCAACGCUGAAGCUCAAUCCGACGGCGUCUCAUUAAACGACCUCCCCAUGGACUCGUGGCUCUGUGAUGCUCAAAUUGCCUUGUGUUGGCGUUCUCAUCAAGCCGAACGCAGUGCUCCUGUGUUCAUUGUGGACAACAUCUACUAUCGACCUCUUCUCGAUCCCAUACGAGAAACUCUCCAAGGACCUCUCUUCAAACAACUUCACACAACGCCUUUUUCUCUAAGGGCGGUGCCCGAAUCCCAAACUUCAUCCGAUUCACCUGACAUCACAACACCACCACGUUCUUUACGCAACGAGGAUGGACUCCCUCCACUUCCCAACAAUCACGAGGAGAUAUUUGGGGAGAUUUAUACAUCGGCUGCAAUGCUCGAAGCGUAUCACGCUAUUCCCCAGCCCCCACCACCCCAAACAUCCGACGAUCCCAUCGAAAGCAUCGUUAUGGCCAUCAUGGAAUGGUCAGAUGCUACCCAUCUGGCUCAAUUCGGCACAGCGUCUCUAUGGCCCGGUUACACUUUUUUCGGCAACCACCCAAAAGACUUUCGCGGGAAACCGACAUCAAAAGCAGGAUUUCACCAGGCUUAUUUUGCUUCGGUAAUGCCAUAUAUCUUCAUUCAAUCGAACUCUUCUGAAUAUUCACAGCUUCCUGACACCGUUCGUGAUUCUUACAGGCAACAAUACGGGUGCGACAUGCCAGACGAGGUAUACACACACCUGAAACGGGAGUUGAUGCAUUCGAUCUGGGAACUCCUUCUCUCCGAAGACUUCAUGGACGCCUACGACAAUGGUAUCAAAAUCAAGUGCUGGGAUGGCAUCGUCCGGCUGGUCUUCCCCCGUUUUUUUAUAUACGGGGCUGAUUACCCAGAGAAAGUUCUUCUAGCUACCAUCAAGAGCCUUGGCGGGAGGCCAUGUCCCCGAUGCUUUGUUGAGAAGAAGCAGAUAUCGGAAACGGGGACUGUCAACGACAUGAAGCGUCGAGCGCAAAUUCGCAUUGACGACCACCCUCGACGUAUGGACAUCGAAAGCGCGAGGAAAGCUAUUUUCGGUAAUGGAAACUCACUCAAGGGCCCUAGCCUAAACGCUAUUCUCAAGAAAAACUCCUGGGUACCCACUCGUAAUGCAUUCUCGAAACUGGACACAAUCAAAACCCCCUUCAACCUGUUUACCAUGUUUGUUCCAGACCUCUUACACGAGGUUGAACUGGGAGUCGCCAAGGCAAUCAUUGUACAUCUCAUUCGCAUGCUUCAUUCUCUCAAGAAAACAGAUGAAUUCGAUCAAAGGCUCGUGUUUUACAGAUAUAUUGCCACACUUAUGCUAACUAUUCCCAGAUUUCGUCAGAUUCCUACAUUUGGUAGAGCCACGAUUCGUUCCUUCAGCCAUAACGUGUCAGAGCUGAAACAUGCGGCGGCGCGUGACUACGAAGACAUCCUCCAGUGCCUUCUUCCGGUCAUUGAAGGGCUUGUCCCAUCGCAUCAAGGACUGAUUGACAAGCUCUGCUUCGAGCUCGCCCUUUGGCACGGCUACGCCAAACUCCGAAUGCACACAACUUCGUCAAUCAAACUUUUCCGAAUGGCCACCACCAAUCUUUGUUCCACUAUCCGGCGAUUCGCUCGAGAAACUGCUGACAUCAAGACAUAUGAGCUACCACGAGAAGAACGUCGAAGGGCUAAGAAGAAAAGCUCUGCCGCCAAGGCAACAAAUGAAUCAGAGAGAGCGGCCACUGCCGCAUCCCCACCGCUGCCGCAUCCACUACCAACGCCUCCAGCAAUGACCCCAGCCGCGACAACAGGGAAAGAGAAGAGCAAGAAAAUUGAAAAGCCAUUUAACCUUAUCACGUACAAACUCCACGCGCUUCCGGACUAUCCGGACGCUAUCGUUCGUUUUGGGACCACGGAUUCGACCUCCACGCAGAAUGUAGGUGUUUACCCUUUGCUAGUCGGACAGUCGCGAAACCCCGUUGGUCAAAUUGCUGCCCACGAAAGGAGGAGGCGAUUGAUGCAGGGAAUGUGGGAAAAGAGAAAAUGCUUCAAAUCAGCAGAGAGCAAGUCGAUCGCUUCAUCUGCCGCUCCCGCCGUGGAGCCCGUCUCUCGUCGGAGACAGAACGACCGCCAACGCAGGCUCAAGAUGGCCUUGCGACCAGAAAGCAACCCAAAAUAUCGCGCCUAUGUCCCUCCUGAGCAACACCAUUAUAUUUCAAGUUCAACCCGAACAUUUUGGCAUCUCGCAGACCUUCUAAGUGAUCAAUUUGAUCAGUCAGAGAGCGAGGGCGAGGGCGACGGCCCACCCAUAGAUCGGAUGGAUAUCGAAGUGCAUGAAGAGGAUCCUGCUCUGAAGGAUUUUGCACAUCGGCUCAAAUCCCAUCUUCGCGGCCGAAUUCUCAACAUGGAAAAUGGCGGCUAUGAUGUGCAGUUUAGCGACGAAGAACUCAUCAGCGUUGCAAUUCAAGGGGAUUUGCUCUACACUCAUGCCACCAUGCGCGUCAAUUACACAACCUAUGACGUCCAACGGGAUCAAGACGUUCUCAAUCCUCGGACACGCAAGUUCUUUAUCGUGCAUGCGCAAGACCCCGAGUACGGAGAGUUGAUCGGCAUAUUCCACUGUUAUGCCUCCUUGGCCGACCGGCCAGCAAAGGCUCAACGUAUGGAAUUCCUAUGGGUUCGGUGGUUCCAAAGGGACACGAAUUAUCGAUGUGGUCUGCAGGCGAAGCGUUGGCCGCGUCUCCGCUACAUGCCUCAUGGGAGUCCAGACGCUUUUGGCUUUAUUGACCCGCAGGAUGUUCUACGAGGAUCCCAUCUCAUUCCUGCAUUCCAUCACGGACGAACACGAGACUACCUCCCCAAAUCUGCACUUCUCCAGAGAACCGAACACGAUGAAGAUUGGAGAUAUCAUUAUGCUAAUAUGGUUGUUGAUCGAGACAUGUUAAUGCGCUACCAUGUCGAUGUAAUUGGCCACCGGAAGGUUGCGCAGAAGUUUCAAGUUCAAGACGAAAGCCCUGAAGAGUCAGCGGCAGCAGUGGAAGAAGAUGCAGAGAUGGAGGUGGAUGAACCAGACCCCAUGGACAAGAGUGUUAUAAACGAGGAGGACGAGGAAGACGAGGAAGACGAGGAAGACGAGGAAGACGAGGAAGUAGGUGUGGAUGGGCGUAGUAGUAGUUCAGAGUCAGAGGAGGAGACCACUGAGGAGGAGAGUGACGAGGAUGAAUCUCCACAGGGCGACGAGGCCGUCCGCAGCCGUCUGGGUUUUACAAGUAAUAAUUGA